AUGCCCCAAGGCUGUAGAAAAAUGAUGCCACGGAAAUCCUCAUUCCUAUUUUACUGCAUUGGAUUGUCAAUCAUAUUUGUAUGGUAUGCAAUGGCAAUUUUAGAUGCAAAAACAGCCAUGCGGAAAACCCGUGGACCUUUAACUGAUUCCAAUCAUGAUAGCUUGUCACCGCAAACCAUCGAAACUCUCCUGACAAAGCGACAUCAUAUUCCCGUCAUAGAUAAGAAAACCCUGGAGAUGCACGCUCGGAAACAAAAGUUACAUUCAUGGUGUAAAACGUUUCAAGAACAAGGAAGUAAAACUCGGAUAUAUGAGGAGAUUACUCGAACAUUCUUCUACUCUAAAACAGCGAGACUUGGAGUAUGCAAGGUACCGAAGACUGGGUGUUCCUUUAUGGCCAAGUUUUUCUUUGCUUUGGAGCCUAAAAUGUCAGUAGUAAAAGCUUUUACCAAGGAUCGAUAUGAGGUUCACAAUGGUGCUUACGAGUAUGACGAGGAUUUCUUGAUAAAACAAUUAAAGAGACAGAAACCAUUUACCGCUGUGGUGUCACGUGACCCAUACACCAGACUUUUCUCAGCAUAUAUUGAUAAGGUAUUCCUCAUAGGAAAGCUGAAUAAAAGACUCGGACUAGCACUAAAGUCACAUUUUUAUCAAACUCAGGAAGAACCAUGUGGCUACGCUAUUUCUUUUCAAGGAUUCCUUGACCAAGUGGUUGCUAUGGCAGACCAAGGUGACUUUGAUGAACAUUGGCUUCCUGUCUCUAGUCGGUGUGAUCCUUGUCGCAUCCGGUACAACUUUAUCUGUAAAACAGAGACUUUAGACAGUGAUCUAUACCACAUACUAGAUCGGAUUAAUCUUACAGAAGACAGAAUUACCGAGAUAAAAAAUAGUAUAGCUACAGAAAGAGAGAAUAAAAAUGAAGUUAUGUCCCUCAUCAGAACAACGAUGUUUGAUCACAGACGUUUUUCAAGUGAAUGUCCAAACGUAUUAGAUCUAAUGGAGAAAACGUGGACAUCACUUCAAAUUCGUGGUUAUAUACACGAAGUAUCGUCAUUUCCAAGGGAAAGGUUCUGGACAAUGAAAAAGGGAAAGUUAAAAGUGGGUAAGAUCAACGAAGAAGAUUUUAUAAGUAUGGUGUAUGAAGAAUUCCUUAAUAGACCUUUGACCCCUAAGCAGAUGGCAGGCCAAAGACGCCGGUCAUUGAUACGAGCUUAUCGCAAAGUCAGACCCGAGACUAUCGCUAAAAUUCAGAAAAUAUAUGAGAAGGAUUUUUUUCUUUUUAAUUAUGAAUUAGAACCUCCAGGAAAAAGGAAAAAUUGA